AUGGCGGAAGGUGUCGGACUUAGAUGUGAGAUAGCGAAUAUUCCUGGUGCAGAAAAUAUACCGUGCGGACUCAGUGUUCCAUACAAAUACCACACGAGCUGUGUUUUGCUCAGGGAGUGUACCAGAGACGUUAAAAACCACUUAAAAAACCUGAAAGUGCUUCAUAUCCAAAAACAAGCUACAGAUGAAAAGGAGCUAAUUCUUCAAAGGCUCGGCCAUUUCGACUUUGACCCCGAGAGUGAACUACUCAACUUAACAAUAUGUCCAGCACACAGGUUUCGUUUAGGGACGAACUGGACUCCGUCCAAAAAGUGCCAGCACCCACUUCACGAAGGGAAAGGAAAACCCUCUUCUUACCAAGCAAUUGGCGUCGAGAUUUCCAAGGAGCUGAAACUAGAUUUUGGUGUGUUGGUCCCAGUAGGGUCAUCUCUUUGUAAAAAGUGUAAAGAGAAGGAGACUGCUCGUCACCAUGAGAAGUAUACAGCAACUAAAGAUACAUCUGUGGCUGCUAUGUCUAAACUUUCUUCAGCCCAAGAAGAAACUGAAGUUACAAUAACUGAAGAUCCAGUGGAAAUUGAGCUGGCUCAGCCUGGACCUUCUGGUCUUGGAGCUGUUAAUCCUGAUGUCUAUGUAUCAGAGGAUGUUCCAUCCACUCCCAGUCCUGACAGAACUACUAGAAGAAAGCGUGCAAGGUUAGACAUACCAGUGUCAGGCAGCAGCAGUGGCAGCUCACAAAGUAGUGGGAGGACAGACCUUGAAGUUUCUUGGGCCCCUACGCCUGUAAAGAACCAGGACCUGGGGAAUUUGAAUAGUUUUCUUGUUCGUGGUGGGUUUGAACCAGUCAAAGGUCAACUUAAGUCUAGCUAUGACACUUCUGCCCCAAGAACGAGAAGGUAUUACAAACAGAAAGCAAGAGAAGGCAUCAACUUGGUUCUGAACUGUUUGUCACCUGGUCAGGAAGAAGCUGUCUGGCGAGAUAUUCAGAAAGCAGAUGAGGAAACCAGUACCAUCAACACACUGAUAGCCUGUUAUGAAAGUGCAGAUUCAAGAACAACUAAAUGCCAAAUACUGUCUUUACUAUCAGCAAAUCAUACAGAAAGUGAACUGAUGAAACUUGUACCUGGCUUGACAAGACACAGCUUUAAGGAAGCCAGAAAACAUGCCAGAGAUGUUGGGGCAGGGCAGCCUGUUGAAAGGGGCCCCAUUACACGAUCAAGAUUAGACAUGGCAAAGGUGGAACACUUUUUGGAUUUUAUAUCUGGGCCUGAAUUUCUACAGGAUGUUGCAUAUGGGACAAAAACAUUGAAAUUGUCAACAGGAGAAAAGCUUGAAGUUCCGAAUGCGGUGAGAACUCUAGUGGCCACCAGGUUAAUCAGUCUAUACAAGGCUUAUUGUGAAGAAAGCAGUGUCACACCUCUAGGAGACACCACUCUUUACCACCUUCUUCAGGUGUGCUCUGCUUCCCAGAAGAAAUCAGUAGCUGGACUUGACAACAUUGCGGCAGAAGGGGCAGCUGGUUUUGAUUCAUUGGAAAAUGUUGUACACCAACUAGAGAAGCAUGGUUAUAGUAAAGAAUGGAUAAAGGACAAAAUACAACGCCUCAGAAGUGGUAGAAACUAUCUGAAAGCAGAUUACAAAGUUCACUUGGAGAGAGAGAGCUGCUGUCCAGACCAUUGUCUCAACUAUGCACUUUCUGAGGUAGAUAGCUGCAAUCACCCCCAUGAUCUCACUUGUGACAGAUGCUCAGAUCAGAGGCUGGUCAUAGAUGAAAUUGAAGUGGCAGUCUCUCGAGAAAGCACAGUGUUCAGUUCUGAAGAAGAGCGCGAGGAGAUGCUGUUUGAGAUUGAUUCAGCAAAGCAGAGCAUUUUCUCCUGGAAAAGCCAUUUGUUGAGGUCAGUGAACCAAGACCAGGCCAAGACUGAUGUCUUACAAAAUAUGCAACCUGGCCAAGCGUUGAUAACCAUGGAUUAGGCCAUGAAAUUUCUGCCUUUGAAAUUUAGAGAAAGCCAGCAAGAAUGGUUUGCCAAGAAGGGCAUAUCGUGGCAUGUCACUGCUGCAGUAUCCUUGGGACAAGAUGGAUCAUUUCAGAUUCACUGCUUUGUACACCUUGUAGAGAAGGCCUCUCAAAACUGGUUUGCAGUUCUAUCCCUGCUCGAAGAAUCUGUGUGCCAACUGAAAACCAAAGUAGAAGAUCUACGAGAAAUUUUCAUUCGUUCAGAUAAUGCUGGUUGCUACCAUUGUGCACCUAUUAUUAUGUCCAUGCCAGCUUUAUCUGAACGGACAGGUGUCUUUGUUCGGCAAUAUGACUUCAGCGAGGCACAGGCAGGAAAGGACUUAUGUGACAGGAAAAUUGCUCCCCUUAAGAGCCUUAUUAGGCGUUAUGCAAAUGAAGGACACGAUGUCAGUACCGCCAGUGACAUGCACAUGGCUCUGUCUUCAGCUGGAGGGGUGAGGGGCUGCUAUGCAGCUGUUGUUGAAAUCAAUGAAGAGGCACAGUCUACUCAGAAGAUCACUUGGCCUGGAAUCACCACUUUCAGCAACUUUUCUUUUUCUGAAGAAGGGCACAUUCAGUGCUGGAAAGCAUACAGUGUAGGAGAGGGGGUUACUUUCCAAAAGGAAGCCCUCGACAAAUUUGGCAGAGCACAGGGGGCUACCAACUGCCAUGUCCUAACGGAAUACACAACUCCUUCAGUUAGAUCAGGAGUAACUGGUUGGAGGUCUAGCCAUAAUGUGGAAUAUCCUUGUCCUGAAGACAGCUGCGUGAAAACCUUCAGCUCUGAGAUGGAACUAAGUAACCAUAUUGCAUUUGGGCAGCACUCCAUGGAAAUUAAAACGGAAACUGUUUAUGAUAGAAUUAAGGUCAGAUGGGCAGAAAAGUUGGGGGAAGUUAGAGUACCUAGAGUUGUACGAGUGACGGGUGCUGUGUCAGGAAGUUUAAGCAUAGAAAGUGUUCCUGUUGGUUGGGCACUGAGGCAAGGAAAGUCAGGGAAGAGAUUCUCCAGUGAGGUCAAGUCAUUUCUUCUGAGUGAAUUUAAAAAGGGAAUUUCUUCAGGAAAGAAGGAGAACCCAGCUGAUGUUUGUCGAAAGAUGAAGAGCAUUGUGAACAAGAGAACCAACAAGAAACUUUUUACAAAGGAUCAGUGGCUGAGUGUUCAGCAAAUAACAAGUUAUUUUUCUCGAUUGAACAUUCUGAACAAAUGUGGGAAGCUAGAGGUGGUCAGUAGUGAUGGCACUGAUGAAGAAGCAGCAGAGAAUGCUCUUCAGAGGCAUAAACUGAAGAAAAGUAUCAGUGAUUUGUUAGGCAUAUAGAAUGGCAAAUAUAUAAAUUGGAUAGUUGUUAGUUUCUCUUUGGAAGAUCUGAGGGAAUAGUCGCUGGGGUAGCGCUAGCAAUUUUUUUU